GCCCCGCCUCACCCUGGGCCGCUCAGUCUCCGCCAGCCUCCAGGUCCAUGUUACUUCCUGCUGCCUCUGCCCCGGGGAUCGAUAGGCGUGGGGUGUCCCCGGUCCGAGGAGAAGAACAACCCCCAUUCGUGUGAGGUCAUGGGGCUCCGCUCCCCCCAAUAACUUCUUAUCCCGGUCCCCACUCCCCUAUUGAUGAUGAUUUAUUGUCAGUGCUGAGCCCCCAAUACUGUGCCCCCCCCCCAUCCCCCUCCAUCUAUAGAUCACAGCCGGGACUUUUCUCUAUUCUUCAUCUCUUCCAUUGAUGGGAUCCCCCCAUUGAUCCGGAUUUGGGGUGCCCCCCCCAGGUUGAUGUGGUCCCCCCAGGUUUGGGGUGGCGUAUCAGUGAUGCUGAGGUUGUGAAUGAGCCCCGGAGACCAUGGAGCUGGAGAAUAUCGUCGCCAACACCGUCCUACUAAAAGCCAGAGAAGGCGGAGGUGGCAAGAGGAAAGGGAGGAGUAAAAAAUGGAAGGAAAUCCUAAAAUUUCCACAUAUCAGCCAGUGUGAAGAGCUGCGAAAGCAAGUGGAAAGGGACUACACCAGCCUCUGUGAGAAGCAGCCAAUCGGACGACUUCUCUUCCGUCAAUUCUGUGAAACAAGGGCACACCUUCUCAGAUGCAUCCACUUUCUUGAUUCGGCGGAAAACUAUGAAGUGUCCCCGGAUGAGAAUAGGCAAGAGACGGGAGAGGCGAUCAUUAAAAGGUUUUUUAACUCCAAGUCUCCAGAUUAUGUGCCGGAGAUUCCUGAUACACAGAUGGAAGAAUGUAUAUUGAACUUUGAAAAGAAUCCCUACAAGGAAGUUUUCUGCAGUUGUAUUAGCCUCCUCCAUGAAUUCCUGCGGGGAUCCCCCUUCAGGGAGUACCAGGAAAGCUUAUACUUUGAUCGCUUCUUACAGUGGAAAUCCCUUGAAAGGCUAGCGGUUACUAAGGACACUUUCCGGCAGUACAGGGUGCUAGGAAAAGGAGGAUUUGGGGAGGUGUGUGCCUGCCAGGUCCGUGCCACUGGCAAAAUGUAUGCAUGUAAGAAGCUGGAGAAGAAAAGGAUCAAGAAAAGAAAAGGGGAAUCGAUGGCUUUAAAUGAGAAACAGAUCCUGGAAAAAGUCAACAGCCGUUUUGUGGUGAGUUUGGCGUAUGCAUAUGAAACAAAAGAUGCUCUGUGUCUGGUUCUCACCAUCAUGAACGGCGGAGACCUCAAGUUUCACAUAUACAGCAUGGGCAAUCCCGGAUUUGAGGAGGAGCGAGUAUAUUUCUAUGCUGCUGAGAUCUGCUGUGGGCUGGACCACCUUCACCAGGAGGGCAUAGUGUACAGAGACCUGAAGCCAGAAAAUAUGCUCUUAGAUGAUGAUGGUCACAUACGAAUCUCAGACUUGGGCCUGGCCAUCAAAAUUCCAGACGGAGAAAGUAUUAGAGGAAGAGUAGGGACAGUUGGAUAUAUGGCUCCAGAAGUCAUUAAAAAUGAACGAUAUACAUUUAGCCCAGACUGGUGGGGGCUGGGCUGCCUCAUUUAUGAGAUGAUCGAGGGACAGUCACCAUUCCGCGCAUGGAAGGAGCGGGUGAAAAGGGAAGAAGUGGAGAAACGUGUUCAGGAGGAACAAGAGUCCUAUUCUGAGAAGUUCUCAGAAGAUGCAAAAUCCAUUUGUAAGAUGCUAUUAGCCAAAGACCCAAAGCAGAGGCUGGGGUGCAAUGAACAUGGUGCCAGUCAGGUGAAGCAGCAUCCGUUUCUCAGGAACAUGAACUUUAAGAGGCUGGAGGCCGGAAUUAUGAAGCCGUCUUUUGUGCCAGAUCCCCGGGCGGUGUAUUGUAAGGACGUGCUGGACAUUGAGCAGUUUUCGACGGUUAAAGGUGUAAAUUUGGACAAAACAGACAAUGAUUUCUACGUUAAAUUUGCAACUGGAUGUGUAUCAAUCCCCUGGCAGAAUGAGAUGAUUGAGACAGAAUGUUUCAAGGACCUCAACCUCUUCGGACCAAAUGGAACUCGCUCUCCAGAUUUAGAUUGGAGACAACUUCCCGAACCGCCAAAACGUAGCUUGCUCCAAAGGAUCUUCAGAAGACAACCGGCUGAUUACGGGAUCACGUCAAACGACGACUCCCACUCCACCGCCAACACCACAAACCACCACUUCCAAAGCAGGACGGCAACAGCCAAUGCAUCGUCUUGACGGAAUAUUUUGUAAUCGGCCCCCAAGCUGGCCUUCACUUUUACCAUAAACCGUCCCAAGAACCCUCCUCCGUCCCUCCCGUUCUCUCAGGUCUAGCCUUGAACUCUGUGCAAACUUUUUACAGGAAAAAUAUAAAUAUAUAUAUAAAUAUAUUUUAGGUCUUCAAGACCAAAAGGACUCAUGGGAAAUUUAUAGAACUGCCGGGAGACGACUUCCAGCGGUGAUGAGAUUUCAAAAAUUAUGUUUAUUUUUUCUUUUUUUUUUUCUUUUAAACUGUAAGCAGAUCGCUGCUGGAAAAUGUUUUAUGCUAAGCUCAUGGAAAUAUACAAGCUGUGUUU